UCUGAAAAAAUAAUAAAAACCAUGGAUGACAAAGAAGCAUAUAGAUGGAAUGAUAUUGAUUUCGACGAGGAGAUCGUUAUAUCUGGUAUUGCUGGCAGAUUUCCUGGUUCAGAUAACAUGAAUCAUUUACGAGAAAACUUAUUCAAUAAAAUUGAUCUCGUCAGAGCAGAUCAUGGCCGAUGGGAAAAAGAGCAUCCAGACUUACCAACGCGUAUGGGAACAAUUAACAAUUUGGAAAAAUUUGAUGCGGAUUUCUUUGGAUUAUCUUUCAAGCAAGCACACGUACUCAUGCCCGAAGGGAGAAUGUUUCUGGAACAUUCUUAUGAAGCAAUUAUCGAUGCAGGAAUUAAUCCAAAGCAAUUACAAGGAAAAAAUACUGCUGUGAUCAUAGGCACAUCUUAUGUUGAAGGACAAGAGAAAUUUCUAUAUGAGAAUUAUCAGUUAGACGAUUUUCAAAUCGUUGGAUGUAGCAAAUCUACAAUGGCAAAUGUGAUUUCGUACUACUUGGAUCUAAAAGGACCAUCUUAUACCGUUGAUACAGCAUGUAGUUCUAGUCUUUAUGCCAUGGCCCUUGGUUAUCAUUGUAUUAUGUCGGGAAAAUGCGAAGACGCGAUAAUUGGAGCUGGAAAUCUAUGUUUGCAUCCGAUUAUUAGUCUGCAAUACGCUCGUCUUGGUGUUUUAUCACCCGAGGGCUAUUGCAGACCUUUCGAUUCCAAUGGAAACGGUUAUUCGCGUAGCGAAGCAGUGGCAAUAGUAUAUCUUCAAAAGGCAAAAAAUGCAAAGAGAAUUUAUGCUAUAUGUCCACAUAUUAAAUUAAACAGUGACGGUUACAAAGAAGAAGGAAUAACAUAUCCAUCCUUGCUAAUGCAAAGUACUUUACUAAAGGAAUAUUACAAUGAAUGCGGAAUAUUGACAUCUUGCUUGGAUUACAUUGAAACACAUGGUACCGGUACUAAAAUUGGCGAUCCACAGGAAGUCACUGCUAUCUAUAACAGUUUGUGUAAAAAUAGAGAAACUCCAUUAAUGAUCGGCUCCGUAAAAUCCAAUCUUGGUCAUAGUGAACCUGCAAGUGCUUUUAUUCAAAUCGCUAAGACAAUAAUAGCCUUCGAAACUGGUUUUAUUCCACCAAACAUCAAUUAUAAAUCACCACGAGAUGAUAUAAAUGCCUUAAAAAAUGAAAAAAUCCAUGUCGUUCAAGAACCAACGCCCAUUACAAACGGUUAUAUAGGAAUAAAUUCUUUCGGUUUUGGAGGAGCCAACGCUCAUAUGUUAUUAAAAUGGAAUCGUAAACAGAAAGUUAAUAAUGGAGCACCGAAUGAUGAUUUACCUAGACUUGUCAUAUUAUCUGGACGCACUGAAGAAUCAGUGAAGUUGUUUUUAAACGAUGUUAGUAGACAUUUAAAAAACUCAUUUGAGAGUUUCAAAUAUUAA